AUGCCUCGUGAUGCCGGCCCCCGCAAGCCCACCCUCAAGCAGCUGGCGAAGCAGAAAGCGAAGGACAUCAAGACCCGGGAGCGCAACGAGGCGACGUUCGCAUCCGCCGUUCAGCACUCCAAAAGCACCAUACUCGACGUGGACAUGCGGUUCAUUCAAGACACGCUGACCCAGAACCCGACUUGGAUUUCUCCACUCGCUGGUCUGAUCCGCUCGGGCUCGUUGAAUGGUCUUCUGAAGGACGUUGCCAAGAAGGAGGAGACCGGUGGACUGAGAUGGAAGGGCAAGUGCACCAAAUGGGGCAGUUUGCCGCUUGAGAUGGCGAGCUUAAUGCUCAAGCAUUGCGGUGUGGAGCUCGCGGAGGACGUACAGAAGGACGAACCCGUCGUACGGACCCUCUUCGAGAUCCAGUUCUGGGCAGCCAAGUCGGCGUCCUUGCCAUCUCGUGCGGACAUUCGCUAUCAGUCCACGUUGGUCAAGUUAGCGAGGGCCCGCAUGGAGGACGUUGGUCGCAACUACAUAGCUGCGGUGAACUCGGCGGAGGCUAUCAGUGUUGACCGGGACAGGUACAACAUCUGGUCACUUAGAACAACACGUUGUACUGCCACGUCUUUGCCACACAAGAUGGACACCCUCGCCUCGUACCUCAGCCACGAGCUUCCUACUCUCCCGGACAACAAGACGUGGCAAUUGGACGCCAAGUGGACCUUCGACUUGUCGUCGGACGCAGACACCACGGCUGGCCUCGGCGACAAUGUGCCGCAGGGACCUCCAGCUUUUUUCAGCUCUGCGUCGGACAAGCGUCGGACAGUUGCAUUUUGCAUUCCCUGCGGGACACACGGAAGCCUCAAGGGCGAGAGCUACAAGUUCAAAGAGCCGCAGACCAAGGUAACGGAUGGACAUCGUUUUUGGCACAUGCGUUGGUUUGUGGACUUCCUCGGAGGACACGAGUCUCGAAAUUUCCUCGCAGGCAGUGUGUCGACGUUCAGGAACAAGCUCUUCACGAUUGCAUGGCCCUGCUGGACAGACACGGAGGACGCUCUGAAAAAAGAGAUCGAGUCGCACUUUCUCCAGAGUUCGUUCUCCCUCCUCAAGCAGCAGGAGCACGCUGCAAACGCCGAGAAGAAGGGCACCAAACGAAAGGCAUCCUCGCAGCAGAUGCAGGACGACAUGGAGGACGACAACGAGCAAGCGGACAAUGAGGAGCACACGGGUGACCAGAUGGAAGAGGUAGCAGCUGGACGAAGCACACGUUGUACAGAGUUUGCCACGUCGAGCUUUGCAACGAUUGUUCUUUUGCAUCAAUGGCACCAGGGUAUGCGCAAAGAUGCCAAAUGGAAGAAGCCGGCAGAGGAGGUAUCCAAGCUGGCCGGGGAGUUGCUUCAAGGCCUCGCUUCCUUGUUCCUGCAGACCCCGCAGGACUUCUCAUUCACGUGGGACGGAAACACUCUGGUGCUGCCGUUCAAAGGAGGUUCGCUGGACGUGGACGAGGUUGUACUGCAAAACAGUUUACUUGCUAAAGUACUACACCGCGAUCGUUCCCGAUUCAUGGACGUGCUGCAGGAUGUGAAUGUGGACUGCACCCGUCGGACAAUUGGAGACACUCGCAAGUCAUCUAGUUUGAGGACGAAGUACUACUUGUUGGCGGCUUUGGCACGUGCCAUGGAUUCGUCGGACGACACGCAUUCCUGCUGGACAUCUUUGAAUGUGAAGCAAGUGAUGAGCACCUCCGGAUAUCGUCGGUCGUCCACGAGUUUUCGACAAGAGGUUGCGAGUUCAUCGAAUGCCACACGCAGGACACUUACCUCCACAUUGCAAGGACAUGCGUUCACCGUGCAGGACAGCAGCGAACAGCAGGACGAACAAAAGAUCAAGAAGCACGCUUCUAUGGACGCACACAGGCUAGCACGCAUGGAGCGAUACGCCUAUGUCACGCAGGGCAAGUCAGAUUUCCUCUCGACGGACAUUUUGUGCGUGGUGGUCCAGAAAUCGUCCGUCUUGUCGGCUGAGCAGUGGAAAGCUAUGUGGAACAAGGCUUCCAAGAAGUUCCUCGGGAUCGAGAAACCCGUUGGACCUGGUCAUGCGGAGGACCGGCUGGCCACACUGUCUUGGAUGCAGGACAUAAACCACGGCUUGCGACCCAUUGGCUGGACUUUUGGCUGCUGCCAGAGCACGCCGGCCGGCCCCGCGGAGGACGACACGAAGGCUAAACGUGCACCGAUCAUGAUUUUGUGCACCGACCAAGAAGCAACACAGCUGGCGGCUGUCUCCUUCUUGAGGAACAAAAAGAGCCUCUGGAUCGAACACGUCUCGGACCCCGCCCACAGGUCGCACAACGACGUGGCUUUGGCCUUGUCGGCCGCUGGACUCCUGAAGUUCUGCACAUGGUGCAUCUCGCUGUACAACAUCAGGUAUGGACCCUGGCAGAAGGGCUCGUGGGCGUUGAAGAUCCAGCAAGCCGCAAAUCGCAUGAAGGACAACAUGGACCCCUCGGACCCGAUAUUGCUCCUUUUCUUCCCGGACAUUCUGCUGGACGCCGGCCUCUCCCCCCUGGACGACAACACGGAGGAGAAACGCAGGUCGUUUUUGCAGACAUUACCCGACAUGGACUGCAUCCGCAUCAAGGGCACGAAGGCCAGCAAGAGUCGGUUCAAUUCCCUGACGACGGCCCACAGCGCGCUGGACAAAGAGUGGUCGGUCUUGGCUUUAGUUCUCACGGUGGUCUGCUUGGAGCACAACUGGGCAGUUUCCACUAAGGACCUCUUCUCGCAGGACAGCAACCAGGCCCGUGCCUCGGUUCCAUAUGGUGGAAGCAAGUCUUCUGCCAUACAGGAGGCCAAGCAAAGCAUGGACCAGGAGCGGAAGGGCAGCGCGAACAGUCUACACUUAAUGACGAAGUUCGUGAUCUCGCAGGACAACAAGACGACAGCCAGGAUGAUGUUCCAGGUCUUGCAACCCGAAGAGCUUCGUUGUUCGCUCAUGCUCAAGCAGCUGCGUUCCAAAGGCAUGACGAAGGACUACUACUCUGGCUGGGCACACUGGUCUUGGAUGAGCACUGCAAAGGACCACGUCAGGACUUUGUCGAAUUUGGAAGGUUUAUCUCGUGUCGGCCUCGACCUGACACUGGCACGCGCACAACCCCCGGAGGAGACAGAGCUUGUCUGGCAGGACUCGCUCGCAGGCCAAAUGACGCAGUUGACACUACAGAUCCUGCGGCUGCGGGCCGGGGCACAGCUGUACCAUACUGGAGGUUUCGGUGCGACCGCAGGACUAGUCCAUGCUGAAGAGCAGUUCCGUCGGGCAAGCUUGGAUUUUUUCAAAGAGAUGCAGUCUUGUAUCCAGGACACGCACAGUGGUGGUUCUCGUAUGGCAAAAAAAUUGCUCGAAGGUCAUUUCUCCCAAGGGCCGAUUAGUCGGUACAUCCUCGCCGAUCUUUGCACUACCCGGUUUCAGAGCCUUACGGAGGACGUUGCACACGUAUUGACCAGCAUUUGGUCGGGCCUCUUGAACACGAAGAUCAUCGAAGACUGUAAUAAAGUCCAGCGCGAGGCCGAGCAACGACAUUCGUCUUCGAAGGACUUGGGUCGUUUGGACGGAUGGAAGGCUGUGACCCAACAGGCCGUGGUCAAGAUGUACGAGAGGGUGGAGGCACUGUCAACGGAGCUCUACCACACGCCGGCAGCGUUUGACGUGGCCAAACUUUUCUGCAAAGACACCGAGAAGAAGAAGAUUCAAGCAGUUCGUCGUCGUUCCGAUUCGUCGGUCAGCACGCAGGUCAGUGCCUCGGAGGUGCAGGAAGCACAGCUUCUUGCAGACGUGACGAAGACGAGGGACUGGGUCUCCCACAACCACGCCGAGGAACAGGAGGUUUUGGCUGCCUUCAGUUUACUGAUGAAGGCGUGGAGGGCCAAGCGAUGGUCGCUUUGUGAAGAAGGUUGGUGCUCUGGACUUUUGCCCGAAGGACAUGUUGUACUGGCAGGUGCAGACCCGUUGUUCAUCGUUCGGACAUACCGUUUGGCUGCACUCGCAUGGCCCGGCAAGAUCGUUAAGGACAAGGACCAUGAGUUUUUCGAAUUCAACAUGGGCGUUCGGUCUCUCUUUUGGAUGCACAGCACAUCUUUGGACUUGGAAGUGUUGCGGCUGCGAGUUGUUUCACCUCUGCGUGCCUCGGCUGCAGUACAGUUGAACAUUGUCAGCCCGACACGGACAUUCUCUACAUAUAUAUUCGUCCUAUAA